AUGAGAGCAAAGCAACAAUCAGCGUGGGCAAUUUCCUUGUGGUUGAUGAGAUUCUCAUUGCUCCUCAAUAAAAGCAACGCACUGUGUCGACCGCUGACGAAACGAGCUUCUCGCGGCUCGAUUGAUUCGCUACAGUGGACGCUGGGAGCUUCCUCGAGGUUGUUCAGCUCUGCACCAUCCAAUUCCCACGAUGAAGAUACUAUUUUUGCUCUCUCAUCGGGAUUUACGGGCCAGCAAGCAACUGCUGUGGCAGUGCUGCGUAUCAGUGGAUCUCAGGCGCACCAUGUUUUUGAUUCCAUGACAAAAUCGAGGCUACCUCCACCUCGACAAGCUGCCCUGAGAAAACUGUAUGAUCCAGCACGGGGACAGAUGCUUGAUCAAGCCUUAUGCCUUUUGUUUGAGUCACCAAACUCUUUCACAGGAGAAGAUCUGGUUGAACUCCAUUGUCAUGGGAGCCGAGCUGUUGUCCAAGCUAUGCUAGAUGUACUUCCAACACUUGGUUGUCGCCUUGCAGAGCCCGGCGAAUUCACGCAGAGAGCUUUUGGACGUGGAAAACUCGAUUUAGUCCAAGUAGAAGCGCUGGCGGAUAUUUUGGGAGCAGACACCCAAGCACAGCUUAAGCAAGCACUGAGUCAACUAGAUGGGAACCUCUCCAAACUCUAUGAUGACUGGCGCGGAAGGCUUAUCUCUGGAUUGGCUCAUGCGGAAGCAGUCAUUGAUUUUGGAGAUGACGAACGCCUGGGAGAGGAUGAUAUUUUGGAUGACGACUCGGAGCAAUGGAAUGUAUGGGGUGCUGUUGGUGACAAUAUGAUUGCCUUGAGCCAAUCAAUGAAGGAACAUCUUCGUGACGAAAGGAAAGGAGAGCUGAUACGAGAGGGUGUCAAGAUUGCAAUUGUUGGACCACCAAAUGCUGGAAAGUCCAGUCUAUUCAAUUUGCUAUCAAAAAAAGAUGCAGCCAUCGUCUCACCGAUUGCAGGAACAACCCGAGAUGUGCUCCAAGUAUCGAUGGAUCUUGGUGGCGUAAAGUGCACCUUGCAAGACACCGCCGGAGUUCGAAAGGACACUGAUGACGUUUUGGAAAUUGAGGGAAUCAAGCGCGCACAAUCGGUCGCAGAAAAUGCAGAUCUCGUCGUCGCAAUGGUCGAUGGUAGUAGUGGAGCAGACAAGGCAGGCGGACUGGACGCUGUAAAGUCCAUUCUGGAUGAAAACAAACUCAGUGCAAGUAUGCUAGUAAUGAACAAAUGCGAUAUCAAGGAUGACGGUGAGGAUUCGAAGGGUGAAGAAUCUUCUGGUUUUGGAAACACCUACGAUAUUUCCUGCGUGACGCAAGAAGGGAUUGACGACUUUCUUGAUGCCUUGUCACAGGCAGUCACAAGUCGCACUCAGGAUGACUCUGGAAACGAAGGUGCUGUUAUCACUCGAGCCCGGCAUCGGCAACAUGUAGAAGCGGCUGCUGACGCUUUGGAGCGCUUCAAAGUGUUGAGUGGACAAGGCCCCCUUGCAGUUGAUAUGGCAGCAGAAGAACUCCGAUACGCUGCCUCGGAAUUAGGCAGGAUUACUGGAGCUGUGGACGUUGAAGACGUCUUGGACGUCCUGUUCUCUGACUUUUGCAUUGGAAAAUAG